AAUAAGCAUGUCAUUAUCACUUGAGCCCACAAAUGAGAACGUUAUGCCUAAGCAAGACCCAUAUUUUUUCUAAACGGACAGGCUGGGUUUUAACUUUUAACGCGGCAUCCGCGUGGACUCGUUUGUCGACUAGUCUUCAAGUCAAAGCCAAUUAGCCACACAGCCAAAUUUUCCGGGAAAGAAGUUUAGAAGGCACUAACUCGGUAGGUCUCUCCUGCGUAACAUUUAACAUAAACAUAUUCCAUAGCCAGCGCCAAGGCCUAUCUCUCCCACUUAAUUUCCAAAAUGAAGCCCUUCAAAAACCUGUCCAUUUCCUUCUUCUACUUCUUUGUCAGUACUCUUUUUUUCAUUUCCUUAUUAGCCUAUGCAGCCAGAUUUGAUAUAAAAAACAAUUGCAACAUCACAAUUUGGGCUGCAGCUACGCCUGGUGGUGGCAGGCAGAUUAACCCUGGUGGAACCUGGAGCCUCGAAGUUAGUCCUAACACAAAGGGUGGUGGUCGCAUUUGGGCCCGAACUGAGUGCAUUUUCAAUGGAUCCGGGGUUGGUAAAUGUCUAACUGGUGACUGUGGUGGGCUUUUUCAAUGCCAAGAUGGUGGAUCUGGUGCAGCCCCAUGUACCCUUGCCGAAUAUUCAUUAGGCACAUUAAACAUGGAUUUCUAUGACAUCUCUCUUGUUGAUGGGUUUAAUGUUCCUAUGAUUUUUAACUCUACGUCUCCGGAGUGCUCAGGCAUAGACUGUACAGGGGAUCUCAACGGGAAUUGCCCAACUGAGUUGAAAGCUCCGGGCGGGUGUUACAACCCUUGUGCUGUAUUCAAGACCGAGGAAUAUUGUUGCACUGGUGGAAAAUGUAAAGCUACAAAUUAUUCCAUGUUUCUCAAGGGUGGGUGUCCGGGUGCUUACAGUUUUCCUAUGGAUGAUAUAACAAGCACGUAUACGUGCCCUAGUGGGAGUAACUAUAACGUAGUGUUCUGCCCUCUUGGUUCCCUCUAGUUUGAGGCAUACGACUAGUAGAUAGCUUGUAUACAAAGAAGUGGUAUUGUCAAAUCUCUGAAGCUUUGUGAGCAUAUGCCUAAUUAGUGUGGCGCAAAUGCUCUAGUAUGUAUUCACUUUGACAUUGUAACAAUAUAUAUCUAUGAAAGCUUGUGCCCCAUAAAAACAAGA